AUGGUCCCUCCUGAUCGAUUGGCGGUGACCCUGUUGUAUCAGACCUCGAAGAAUAUCAGGAAGUUCAAGGAGGAGCAGCAGAAAGAGAUCGAGGCAACUGGACAGAAGCUGAGCCCAGACUUGGUAUAUUUGAAACAGUUUGUCGGCAACGCCUGUGGCACCAUCGCUUGCCUUCAUUGUCUUGGCAACAACUCUCAGGUGUUGGGCUUGUCUCCGGAGUCGCCCAUCGGCAAGUUCUUGGAGAACAUCAAGGGAAAGACGCCCAAGGAGGCGGGCUUGGCUUUGGUGGAUGCCACCGACUUGCACUCCGCCUCGGAGGCCAGCGCACGCGGCGGCCAAACCGCGGCGCCGGAGGCAACAGCUGAUGUGGAUGCGCACUUCAUUUGCUUCAUCGAGAAAGAUGGAGAUUUGUAUGAGCUUGAUGGCAACAAGGCCUUCCCGAUCAAUCACGGCCCCACGGCUGGGGAUCUGCUGGCCGCGGCCGCGCAAGUGAUCAAGGCCAAAUUCAUGGACCAGGAUCCGGAGAGUGUUCAUUUCAAUAUGAUGGCACUGGUCAAGAGCUGA